AUGAAGACGCCUGUGUCCGCUUCAGACACUUGUUUGUACGGCUCUGUGGUGGGAAUGGAGAAGAUCUUGGCACUAGAUUUGCACGACAACCAAUCCAUGGACCCGAAGGCAACUUCUCCGCCCUCGGAGUGCGAUGAAUGCGAGCAAAGGACGGCGCAAGUGAACUGCGACGAGUGCGGACUGGUGUAUUGCUCGCAGUGCGACGUCCACAGACACCGUAAAGGCAAACUACAACUACACCAGCGCGUGCAGAUCACAAGGAAACGAGUCGACGCGCCAGAACUUGAAGAAAUUCAGGAGCAAGCCGAAAACUCCACUGCAAACUGGAAAAAUGACGACGUGUGCGAGUGGCUGAAAGCUCACGACCUGAAGCUCUUUGUAGACGAGGCACAAGAACAACAGAUCACUGGAGCGACGUUACUGUCUCCAAAAGGCCUGGAAAGGUUUCUGGAUGCUGCAACAGGGGUCAGUCGUGGCCACAAGAAGAAACUUCAGAGGGAGGUGCAAAAGCUCCAAAGUUCGGUGAAAAGCCCGGCUUCAAUUGCAAAAAUGACGCUACUACCGACCCCUUCGCCGCCCAUUCAACGCCCCAAUACCUCUGUACGUCGUAUUGGAUUAAACUUGCGUGUUGAUGUCGAACCAGCGGCAUCAAAGCCUCCUUCCCGACGAGGACUGGGGCAGUUGAAGAUUGAAGUGAACGAGGACAAUCACGCAGCUAUCUCAGCUCCGAAGCGAAUUGCAGGUGGCCGACAGAACGCUGGCUCGUUGGGUCUGGAUAUCGCACAGGUCCGGAAGGAGGAGAAGACAGUCGCUGCAUCGUUUGACUUCUCAGCCACAGGGAGACUGCAGACGCAAGGCUUCGAGAUCGACACACGAGGAAUCGCUAACGCGCCAUUCUCGAACUCCAAACAACAUUCAAACAACGGAUCGAAACCAGCGUCAGCUAUUGAAGCCAUCAGCACAAAGGAUUACCUGCUUAUACUCGAAGAGUUGGGUCAUGGCGCUGGUGGGAAAGUAUACAAGGCAUUGUACAUGCCAACAUUCCGACUGGUGGCUGUGAAAGUUAUUCGAGUAUACGACCAGAAGAAACGUCACCAAAUGGUGCGUGAGCUCAAGUCUCUGUAUGUGAAUUUCGUCCCGCUUGCUACUGCCACAUUUCCAUCGGCUACAUCGUCAGCCACACAAGCAGCGUGCGAGGAGCUUGUGGUGUUCUACGACGCAUACACAAACCCCGAGCUCGGCUCCGUGUCCAUUGUGCUCGAGUAUAUGGACGGCGGAUCGCUGGAAGACUACGUGCAGUCUGCCUGCGAAGAAGGCGGAUGUUUGACCGAGAAAGAGAUCGCAAAUGUAGCAGCUUGUGGCUUGAAAGGACUGGUGUUUCUACACGAACAUCACCAACUUCAUCGCGACAUUAAGCUCAGUAACAUGCUCAUUAACUCUCAAGGCCAAGUCAAGAUAUCGGAUUUCGGCAUCUCCCGGGACCUCGAGAGCACUCUAGCCAAGGCAACAACAUUCACAGGCACCUUAUUAUACAUGGCGCCUGAGCGGAUAAGUGGAGGUAUGUACUCCUACCCGUCAGAUCUUUGGUCCUUCGGACUGGCAGUGAUGGCUUGUGCCAUCGGAAAGCUGCCAGUUCCAACGAAAGAUGGCUACUGGGGUGUCGUGCAUGCAGUACAAGAGCAGCCAUCUCCACGACUUCAGGACUACGGUGACCAUUUCUCGCCGGAACUGUGCGAUUUCCUGGACCAGUGUCUUCAGAAAAACCCGAUGUAUCGUCCUCCGGCAGCUCGUCUUCUCGAACAUCCUUUUAUUAAGAAUAAUUACUCGCUGAGGGAGCAAGAAAAUGUCCGAUUGAGUCGCGAUCAGCAGCCACCGACAGCAAAGGCACUUGAACGUAGUCGUCAAGAACUGCGGAAUAUUGCUGACAAGGCUCAGAUCUGGUGUCGGGACCACGCAGAUGGUGUACGAGGGCUUUCGUCACAAGAUAUGUCCACCCACAACAAGGUCGAGGCGCUGGCCAAACAAUUGCGUCUAUCGGUGGUUGAAGUAGCGUCACAUUUUACGUUCCUGGACGAGUAUUCUGCAGAAGAUCCUUGCCAACUUUCCGAUGUGUUGUGGUUGUGGAGCGGCGCGUUGACGUCUCGCUCCAUCACGUUCAAGGUUGGGUUACGCGAGGGUUACACCUGUGUCGAUUCCGACUUCGUGCUGUACGCGUUCCCAGAGCUGCUGGAGGGCGAGAAACCCCAUUCGUCCAUUGCAACAUGCUCAGAUGUGGAUAGUGGAGAGGCUGGAGAGGGGGAGGUGCGCAGUGCCGCGUCGUACGAUACCCCCAACGUCAAAGAAUGUACCCUCUCAGACCUCCCACAUAGUGAUAGGAAAUAUCGCUACGAAUUGACUUUACUCAGAACUGGAGAAACCGUGCGGUCUGGAACCUUCACGACACCCCGAGAGGAAGGGGAACCGUUCAAUUAUCGCGUCGCUUUCGCCUCCUGCGCCGAUGAAAUGUCCGAUCCUGAGGUUUUUGAAGAAAUCAGAAAAGAAAACGCGCUCUUCUUCAUGCAUACGGGAGAUCUGCAUUACCACAAUUUAGUCGUGAACAAUGUAGCAGCAUUUCGAGAUGGAUACAACUCGAUAUUUGCAUCUCCAGCGGGUCAAGCGAUGCUGGCGAUGGACGUUCCAUUCGUCUACAUGUGGGAUGACCAUGACUUUGGUCCGGAUAAUAGCGACUCGACUGCUCCUGGACGCAACGCAUCGGUCCAAGCGUAUCACGAAUUCGUACCUCAUUAUCCUCUAAUCGGAGGACGCUCACGCUCCAGUACCGUGCACCAAGCCUUUACUAUCGGUCGAGUUCGGUAUCUCCUAACUGAUCUACGCUCUGCAAGAACGCCAAAUACCGCCCGCGCAGCACCUACUAAGACUGUGCUUGGUAAGAAACAGAAAGCGUGGUUUAAGAGUGAACUUGUCCGUGCCACAAGUGACCCAAAUAUCCGACUCAUAAUUUGGGUCAAUACCAUGCCGUGGCUGGAUGAUGAGCGCAAAUGGGGACAUUUCGUACACGAACAGCAAGAACUUGUGAAUUUUAUCAAAGCACACGGACUUAACAAAUGGGUACCCAUUGUGAUCGUGAGUGGCGACGCACAUAUGUUGGCAGUAGACGACGGAAGUCACAGUCCUGGAAAUCUUACGGUACUUCACUCUGCUGCAUUGGGACGUCCCGGCUCGAUCAAGGGAGGACCAUACAGUCACGGUGCCUUCCCGGGCUCGGGACAAUAUGCUGUUAUGGAUGUUACGGACGAAGGAGGCGAAGAUGGUCGCGUGUGUCUUUAUUACCGAGGCAUGAAUAUCUACAAAGGGAAACUGGUAGAAUUCGACACAUGUUAUCCGGAACGUACUCCUCCAGUGACUCCGUAUUAUCCGCCGCCCAUCCCUAUACGCAUUAUGAAGCGUGUAUUCAAGAAAGCCAAGAGAUAUACUGGUACUGCAGUCUUUGUACUGAUCUCUGUCGUUGCUCUUCUUGUCUACAGAAACAAACGUCAUGCUGUUCACACGAAGAAACAUAGUUAA